UCGCGUAUAUUUCUCUCUCCGGCAAGACACUCGCUUUUCCUUUCCGUGCGUCCUAUUUAUCCUUUGACAACACCAUUAAGCAACUCUCUCUCUCUCUCCCCCGGAAAAAAUAAUAGGAAAAACACUAUUUAAAAAAAUAAUUUACAUUUAAUAAAAUAAAAUAAAAACAGCCCUUCUCUUUCAGUUCUCAGGGCCCGAUGCCUCUCUUCUCCACACAGGGGAGGUGGAUUCUAGGGUUUUUCUCUACCAGCGUUUUGACCAAGGUAUUGUUUUAUCGGUUUUUGCUGCUUUUGUUUUGAGGGAGAUUGCGAGUGAAUGAAACAGAGGCAAGUUUUUUUUUUUGAUUUGGGGGUGACUACGGUCGUGCAUUGUGGUUGGUAAGAAUUUCGUGUAAUUGUUUUUUUGUUGUUGUCUUGGAUAUGGGCGUGUCUUAACUGGCUAUUAAAAUUGGUAAACUGAGAUGGGCGCGUGUGAGCCUCACGAGCCCUUGAAUCUUGCUGCGACUGAGCAGCAUUCAUGCCUGGAGUUUAUCAAGAAUUCUGAGCAGCUGCCAGCCUUGGAGACUGGUCGGAGUGCUAUUGAAUUUUACGCGGACCCCUCUAGGGCAACAAAUGGGUUUGCAGAAUUGUCUCAGAAAGAUAAUGGUGUUUGUGCUAGCUACAGCGAUGUUAUGGAGGCUGUGUUGGAUGAUAGGGGAAUUGGGUUGGCGGGUGAGGGUGAGAACGUGGUUGGUUCGAUAGCAGGAAGAUUGUUGGAGGAUGAAUCUGGGGUUGGUGAGGAAUGUUUGGAUGAGGGUCAAAGUGGAAGGGAUGAUUGUAUCAGGGAGACAGAUAGAUUCUGGGAGGAAAAAGUAGGGCUUGGAGGUGAGAAUGGUGGAGCUGUAGAUUGUGAAGGGUCUUUGGAACUGCUGGUUGUUCCUGAUUCACUGAAAAAUUGCAAUCAACAGGAUGACCAAAUGGAUGAUAAAAAUGCUGGUGUUCAAGGCACUAUGGAAGAGGGCAGUGAUGGUCUAGCUACAGCAGAGACUGACGCUUCUGAUGAAACAGUGCCACCAACCGCUUGUGGAACAUCUGUAGAAUUAAACCCUGUGAAUGAUAUGCCUAGAAAUUGUGAUCAACAAGAUGGCCAGAAUGAAGAUGAGAGUGGAAAUGUUCAAGGGGUUAUUGAAGAUGACGGUUUAGAUGCAAUAGAGACUGUUAAACCCAACAAAAUAGUUCUUUCACUGGGCUGUAAGAUGCCAGCUGAAUUAGUGCAAGCAAAUGAUUGGUGCAGAAAUGGCGGUCAACAAGAUGACCAGAGGGAUGAUAAGAACGUUAGUGUUCAAGGGGUUAUGGAAGAAAACAGUGGUGACUUGGCUCCAAUAGAGGUUGAUACACAUGAUGAAAUAAUGCUUUUAUCGGGUAGAGAAAUGCCUGCAGAACUAAUACCAGUAAAAAGUUUGCCUGGUGAUGUCAGUGAACAGUACAACCGUGAUUGUGGUGCCUCUCAAGAAGUGAUUGUGGAAGAGAAAAUUGGCAAUUUUACUGCCCUAGGGAAGAGCAACGUUCAAGGGGUGAUGGAACAGAAAAGUAAUGGUUUAGUGGCGACGGAGACUGUUGAUACUUGUGAAAACAUAUUGCCUUCACUGGGCUAUGAAAUGCUUGCAAAAUGUUUGCCUAGAAAUGGUGUUGAACAGGACAUGCAAGACAGUGGUACCUCUAUGGUGGUGACCAUGGAAGAGAAAAACAAUGAUUUAGCUGGGAUAGAGAGUAUUAGUAUUCAAGGGGUCAUGGAAGACAAAACUGAUGGUUUAGCUGCAACAGAGACUGCUACCUGUAAUGAAAUAGGUCCUUCACCAAGCUGUGAAAUGCCUGUUGGAUUGAUUUCAGUGAAUGUUUCACCUAGAAACGGUGUUGAACAGGACAAGCAAGAUGAUGGGACAUCACGUACUAUGGUUUCAGAAGAGAAAAGUGUUAUCUUAACUAGGUUAGAGACUGAUAAUCAAGACCAAAAGUUGCUUCCACUGGACCAUGAAAUACUCUUGGAAUUGACACCUGUGACAUGUCCACCAAGCAAGUGUCUUCAGCAGGAUGACCAGAAGGGUGAUCAGAUCAUUAGCCGUCCCUUUGCAGGAGGGGUUAUGGAGGAGCCAACUUUUGUUUUAGAUGCGGCUGAGACUACUACUUCCAACUUGUCGUUGCCAUCACAGGAGAACUUGAAAUUAAUGCCCACGACUGGUUUGCCAGAAGAAAAUGUUCAUCAUGAUGAGCAGAAGUUGAUACCAUGUAAACUGGAUUCCAAGGCUGUCAAUGGUCUAGCUAUAGAGUGGGUUCCAGAACAGGAAAGCAAUGCCUUGGCUAGGACAGAAGCUGGCAUUUGUUCCCAGGCAUCAGCACAUGGCACUAUUGAUUCUAGCAGUGCAGUUGACUGUUCUGGAGAGACAGACUAUGAAGCAAAGAAUAAUGUCAGCAUUGAUAGUGUUUCUGAAACCAAGUGUCAUGUCAUUGUAUCACCAUCUUCACGAAGGAGCAAUGGAACACGGAAAUCAAGCCAGAAGACCCAGACAAAAAGGGGUGCAAGGAAAUGUAGGAACACAACCAAAGUCCCAAACCUGCAUCGAGGUAUUGAGAUCGUCUUCAAGAGUGUGACAAGGAGGCGGAGCUGCUUCUCCAAACCAGCUCGCUCUUCUGCUUGGGGAUUAUUGGGGAAUAUUACACAAACUUUUAUGCUGAUUAAUGGUCUCAGACCUGAUGAAAUUGAGAAUCUUGGAUCACAGAAGGCAAGGGGUGACCAAGGAAGUGGAAAGCGGAAUAAACUUGCUGGUGGAACCUCACGAAGGUCCAGCAAGAAAGGUCAUGCUUCAGCUCAUUGCAUUCGUUUGAAAGUUAAAGUGGGAAAAGAUGCUUGUCAAACUGAAAGUAAUCCAAAGAUGAUAAUCCCCGAGGUAAUUAAUACUAAGGCAUCUGGUGAUCUUGUUAGUGAUUAUGGGGCUGAGUCAUGCCAGGAAACCAGUUUUGAAAUUUCAAAGUUAGCCUAUUGUGUGGGAGAUAACAUGGUUGAAGAGGGAACUCAAAAACAGCUUCAGUCUUUUUACAUUAAGUUGGGGAAGGCAAAAGCACACUGUGAUGCUUCUGCUAUGGAUGUAAAACUUGCAAACAAGGACAUGGAGGGCACUGUAAUUUCUGAGAAGUCAUCUAGAGAUAUUAUGGAAGAUUAUCUUGGGGUUCCUUCCCAUACAGAGGUUGAAGCACUGGGAGUUGCAACUGAGAAGAGGUAUACAGAUGCUGGAACUUCACCAGAUUCGGAAGUUAUAAAUUCAGUACCCGAGGUUCAAGUCAAUGCAAGAUGUCAAGAAGAUUAUCCUGAUGCUGUUCUGUCUCCUUCUAAGGCUUUUGCUGCAGAUGAAGAGGGUACUGGUGGAAAGAGGGGAAAAAAGAAAGAAAGCCUCCCUCAAGCAGGAAACUGUUCACCUGCUGUGGCAAGCUUAAAGAAAGUUAAAUUGGCAAAGAAACGUGGGGGCAGGCAGAGAAAGGGUGAUAGUCUUUCCUCUAGUGAGAUUCUUACAUCAUGCACCAGUGCUAAUGGUUCUGUCAACACAACAAGCACUAAAGAAUAUUCAGCAGAACUGGUACUUUCAUCAGGAAAGACGGAACUUGGAGACCCUGAAGGGGCUUUGAGAGGAGAAAUCAUUAUGGAAACUAAAAUAUGUGGUGAACUGGAUGCUGACGUUAGGUCGUCUGAAUCACAGAUUUCAAAGAAUCCUCUUCCUUCAACUAAAUCCAGGGGACGCCGACUUCCAAGGAAAUCUGAUGGAGUAAACAAGAGAAGGUCCAAAGUCUCUGACUCUGCAAAAAGCAGGAGGGCAAAUGGUUGCAAGGAGAGAGGAAAUGAUAGGAAGUCAGUUAAAAAGAACAAAGCUGAGGAGAAGAGUGUUUGUGAUCAUGUUGUUUACAAAGAUGACAAUGGAAAAACUGAUGCUGGCAAUGAUACUACUGCAGAAGAGGUAACUAAUCUGGACAUGCCGUCAAGUGGGGUAAUGGAACAAAAUUUAUUCCCAGAUAAUGCUUGGGUUCGCUGUGAUGAUUGUCUUAAAUGGCGGCGUAUUCCAGUUAGACUUGUAGAAUCUAUCAGUCAAACACAUCGCCAAUGGAUCUGCGAGGACAACAUGGAUAAAGCCUUUGCUGAUUGCUCCUUCCCCCAAGAGAAGUCAGAUGCAGAAAUUAAUGCGGAGUUGGGCAUAUCAGAUGCUGAUGAGGAUGUUUGCGAUGCUCCUUCAAAUUAUAUGGAAUUAGAAUGUGGACCGACAUCAGUUUCCAAGGAGUAUGAAUUUACGCGCAUUACUACCAAUCAGUUUCUGCACCGCACCCGUAAAACUCAAACUAUUGAUGAGAUAAUGGUUUGCUACUGCAAAGCACCUGUGGGCGGCAGGUUAGGUGGUUGUGGAGAUGAAUGCUUGAAUCGAAUGCUCAAUAUUGAGUGUGUUCAAGGCACCUGUCCAUGUGGGGACCUUUGUUCAAAUCAACAGUUCCAAAAGCACAAUUAUGCCAAAAUGACAUGGGACCGCUGUGGGAAGAAAGGUUUUGGGCUGCGGUUGGAAGAGGAUAUAACCAGAGGGCAAUUCCUUAUUGAAUAUGUUGGAGAGGUGCUUGAUGUGCAUGCUUAUGAGGCAAGGCAAAAAGAGUAUGCUUCCAAGGGUCACAAACAUUUCUACUUCAUGACAUUGGAUGGCAGUGAGGUAAUUGAUGCAUGUGUGAAGGGAAAUUUGGGGCGUUUCAUUAAUCAUAGCUGUGAUCCUAAUUGUCGUACCGAAAAGUGGGUGGUCAAUGGAGAAAUCUGUAUUGGAUUGUUUGCAUUAAGGGAUAUCAAGAAGGGUGAAGAGGUGACAUUUGACUACAACUAUGUAAGAGUGGUUGGGGCUGCUGCUAAAAGAUGCUAUUGUGGUUCACCUCAAUGCCAAGGCUAUAUUGGUGGUGAUCCAACUAGCUCUGAAGUAACUGAUCAAGUUGAUUCGGAUGAAGAAUUUCCUGAACCUGUAAUGCUUGAAGAUGGGGAAGUUGGAGAUGGCUUAAAAAAUAAAAUAUCCAAAACCAGUUUCUUCGGUUUAUCAAAAGGUAGGGAAAUGGAAUCCAAAACAGCAGUUGGGAACUUGGAGGUUGCCACUGAAAUUAAGGAUUCAAUGAACCAAUCAACUCCUGCCAUUUCUCAAUCACCCAGUGAAUCAGAAAUGAAUGGCUUACCUGGAGAUUUUUCUUCCUCAAGUAAACGAGUAGAAAUCUCCCCACAGACUGAAGACAUGACAACCCAACCCACACCUGCUGUUCAGCAGGAGAUUUCCAUGGAAGAGAUGAUGGAUAAAUCCUUGUAUUCCAGUCAAAAGUUGAAGACUUCUCUGACCUCAGUGCUCAUCAAACCAUUGCCUGAUGACAUUAUGAUUAACAGGAAGUCUAAAUCUGCCACAGCUGAAAACAAGCGGGUUUUUGUUAAAUCUCGUUUUAUUAUUAAAACUCCACCCCAAUCUGGUUUGAUUAAGAAAGGAAAGUCCGCCAGCAAUUUUAUAAACAUAAAUAAGGUUCAGACAAUAACCAACAAACCUCAUAUGCCGCCUAUCAAACCCAAAAAAUUAUCGGAAAGUACCUCAGAUGGCCAUUUUGAAGCAGUUCAGGAGAAACUUAACGAGUUGUUGGAUUCUGAGGGUGGCAUAAGCAAGCGGAAAGAUGCCCCCAAAGGCUACCUGAAACUUCUCCUCCUCACUGCAGCUUCUGGUGCUAUUAGAAAUGGUGAAGCAAUUCAGAGUAAUCGAGAGCUUUCAAUGAUACUUGAUGCACUCUUGAAAACUAGAUCCCGAAUGGUAUUGAUGGAUAUAAUUGAAAAAAAUGGUUUACGGAUGCUUCACAACAUAAUGAAGCAGUACAGAAGGGAUUUUAAAAAGAUUCCGAUUCUUCGAAAGCUUCUAAAGGUUUUAGAGUAUUUGGCCGUUAGGGAGAUACUUACAUUGGAACAUAUAAACGGAGGUCCUCCUUGUCCUGGAAUGGAAAGCUUUAGAGAGUCCAUGCUGUCCCUGACAGAGCACAAUGACAAACAGGUUCAUCAAAUUGCACGAAGUUUUCGAGAUAGAUGGAUCCCUAGACAAGUCAGAAAACUUGGCUAUAUGGAUAGGGAUGGUGGUAGGAUGGAGAUUCAGAGAGGUUCAAACUGCAACAAGGUUUUAGCUUCUCAUAGUCAAUGGCAUGAUCAGGGUGUAAGACACUUGGAAGCACUGAAUGGUACGGUGGAAUCAAACCUAGCAACAACCUCAGUGGGCACUGCUGUCCACGAGGACAGCUCUGCGAACCGUGUAGGUAGUGGUACAAGAACUCGGAAGCGUAAAAGCCGUUGGGAUCAACCAGCUGAGGAAAACAUAGCUUCCAGAUCUCUUCAGCAUGUUGAACAGAACGAGUCUGGGUUAUUACAACAAUCUGAAUCCAACUCAUUACCUGAGUUAAGUAAAGAAGUGCCAGAUCAUGUAGACAAGGCAGGUGGAGAGUACAGUUAUUGCCCUCAUUGUGUUCACAGUUAUUGUUGGCAAGAUGAAGCUAGUGGUGCCGAUAAUGGAAGGCAGAAUAUUCAUGAGGAUGUUCCACCAGGAUUCUCAUCUCCUAUUGACCCCGCUCUUGUGUCCAAUGCUUCUUCUACUGUUGAUGAUCUCCCACACCAAAAUGUUUUCCAUUUGAAGUUUCCUGUUGGUGUGGUUGUUGGCCUUCCACAGAGGAAAUUCAAUUCCCGCUUUCCUGUCUCAUAUGGAAUUCCGUUGCCUGUUGUGCAGCAAUUAGGGUCACCUCUGGCUGAAACUGUAGAGGGUUGGAUUGUUGCUCCUGGCAUGCCUUUCCAUCCUUUUCCGCCAUUACCACCACUUCCCUCCUGUAAGAAAGGGACUCUGCCAUCUGCUAUGAACUCUAUGGAGAUUGAUGACACUGCAGAUCGAGGGAAACAGGACUGCUAUGAUCGCACCACUUGUCUAGAUGAAAAUAGUCCAAGCACGACUGGUGCUAACCAACCAGACCUGAACAGUCCAGGUCCGAAAGACCAUCAAACAUUUAAACGUGCAAGGGGGUCUUAUGAUUUGGGUAGGAGGUACUUUAGGCAACAGAAGUGGACUAAAAUGCUUCCUCCAUGGGUUCGGAGUAGGAAUGGGUGGGGAUGCAUUGGAGGCAACUCGAGAGGUGGAAUGUGCAGCACUGACUUGGGAAGUCUAACAAAUGAACAGAGAAACUCGUAUUAUUGACAGGAUGUAAGCUGUAGAGUGGAGAAAGCUGGCAAAUUCUUAAUCAGCAUGCACAGCGUCUAAAUGAGCAUUGAUUUUUUAGGAAAUGCUCUGAAGAGGAGCUGAAUUUUCACCAUACUUUAAAUGUAUUCCCGAUUCUUUUUCGAGCUUCUAUUUUCAAUGGAAAAUUCAUUCAUUUCAGAAUUUCGAUCCUCAUACUCAAAAUUGCGAUGCUAUAGCUGAGGGGAAAGUGUGCUUCUAUCUGGCAAUAUCUUCAGUUGUGCUGAUCCAUUUGCUCACACCUCGAAGAGGUAGGUAGUCUUGUUUUUCUCAACAUUUUGUCAUAAGAGUACUAUUGUUGAUCGUUGGAAUAAAAGAUAACCAAUUUAUUGGCAUCUUGCGUUGGAAAAGAAAGGUCUUUGAUGAUAUGGAACGUGAAAGAUGAUUGUGUUGUUCAAUGGCUUCUUGAUUCUUACAAUUACUUAUUUGACUUGGAUGGUGCAAAUCCUCCAUCAUUUAGUUUCAUGGAUAUUGGUGGAGUUCCGAUCUCAAAUAGAACAGUAGUUGCUACAGUAAUUCUUUGACCUAGUCAGUCGAUGGCUUGUCGUUACAACCAAGUGAAUUGUCUUCUUGUCAUGAAAUCAAUAGAUUCCAGUUUUUCUUA